CAUCAAUAUAGCAAAAACAGUAAGCCUGUACGAGACGGGUCACACAUGGCUUGUGAGAAGAGAGGCUGCUUCUGGACAAAUGUGCUCUCCAUCCUGCUCGUCGCCGCAGGCUGCAACGCCGACGAAGCUUCUGGAGCGACGAACAGCGUCACAGUCACGUCCAACUUCGUUCCAUUCUACAGCCACCCUCAUAUCCACGCCGUGCAGAGAUUACUGAAGCUAUCACGGAAUACGCACACAGAGAAGGAAAAUGCCCUGAAGAGGAUUUUCCUGUCUACGCCAAAUGUAACUUGCAACGAUGGAUCUCCUGCAGGCUUCUACCUACGAAGAUCAAACAACAGUAAUAGAUGGAUAGUGUUCCUUGAAGGAGGAUGGUACUGCUUUGACACAGAAACAUGUCUUAAUCGCUGGACGGAACGGCGUUACUUAAUGAGCUCUUCCCAUUGGCCCGAAACACGUACUGUUGGAGGAAUAUUGUCUCCUAACCAAGAAGAAAAUCCUUUUUGGCAUAAUACAAAUCAUGUGCUAGUACCUUAUUGCAGCAGCGAUUCUUGGAGUGGAUCAAGAAACAAACCUUUGAAGGAUCUACAGUUCACAUUCAUGGGUGCCAUUAUUGUAUCACAGGUUAUAGAGGAUUUGUUGCCUCUGGGAUUAAGUAAAGCAACAUCCCUAAUGCUAGCAGGUAGCAGUGCUGGUGGAACUGGAGUCAUAGUCAACCUUGAUGUAGUCAAAGAUUAUUUACACAACAAAGUUGGCUUGCAGCAAAUAGAAGUGAGAGGUGUUUCUGAUUCUGGGUGGUUUCUGGACAGAGAUCCUUACAUUGGCAAUGCACAAAGUCAAACCUCAUCAGUAACGGUGCGCAAAGGGCUGGCAUUGUGGCAAGGUCAACUGCCUGCUCGUUGUGUUCAGAAAUAUUCAAGUGAUCCAUGGAACUGCUAUUUUGGGUACAGGUCAUACCCAAUGUUAUCAGCUCCAUUGUUCAUAUUUCAGUGGCUUUUUGAUGAAGCUCAAAUGACAGCUGAUAAUGUAGGCAUACCUGUGACAAAGCAGCAAUGGGACUACAUUUACAAAAUGGGAGACAGCCUUCGCAACACAUUCCAGAAUGUAUCUGCUGUGUUUGCACCAUCAUGCAUUUCACAUUCUGUCCUCCUGAAGAGAGACUGGCUGUCAAUAAAGAUUAAUGAUAUAUCACUUUCACAUGCUUUAAAAUGUUGGGAAAUGAAAUCAUACAAAAAACAACUGAUGGAGCAGUGUGGAAAUCAAAAGAAGGCAGCACAACUGCAUGCGUUCACCAAGAUAUGCAUCACACACACAUCAGAACUCCAGAGAUUCUAUGACUCAUGUCAUUAUCAUAUAAUAGAAAGGUGUUCGUGGCCACAAUGCAAUCAUUCAUGUCCAAAACUGCAGAACCCUUAUACAGGAGAAGAAAUGGACUUCAUUGAAUUGUUAAAAUCAUUUGGCCUUGACAUGGUGAAUGUUGCAAAUGCACUUGAUAUUGACAUUCAUACACUUAACAAUAUGGAUCAUGAGGAAUUGCUUCAGUUACUUACACAACAAGCUAACUGA